CGAACGGGUCGACCCGUCUCACCGCCUGACGGUUCUCCUAGUGAAGCUUCGACGCUAACCCAAAGCUUUAGGAUUUUUUCUUCUUCCGAAUCUUCUGCUGUGCUGUCGCUGUGGUUGCUUGUGGGUAUUUUCUCUACAGUCUUUGUGGGUGUUUUCUUGGUUUAAGGCAACAUGGAGGCUGAAAAAGAAGAAAAUGUUUCAUCGACUUCUGGCUCUGUCCCUUCAGCUUCAGUUCCAGGCCUCUCUUCCAUACCGGCUGUGGCCGCACCUUCUUUUCCCCCGCCAAUUGCUCCAAUUCCAAUGGUUCCUCAUCCUCCAGUUGUCCGCCCACCUACAUUUCGGCCACCUGCCCCACCACAGAAUGGUGAAGCUGAAGCCAGUGACUCAGAUACCGAAUCAGAAGAUGGACAUUAUAUCUCUGAAGAAAGCAGACAAGUGAGAGAGAGACAGGAAAAGGCAAUGCAAGAGCUGCUGAUAAAGCGUCGGGCUGCUGCUCUAGCAGUUCCCACGAAUGACAAAGCCGUUAGAGAGCGUCUGAGACGGCUCGGUGAACCCAUGACUCUCUUUGGAGAACAAGAAAUGGAGAGAAGAGCCAGAUUGGCACAGCUUAUGGCUAGGCUUGAUAUUGAAGGGCAAUUGGAUAAACUAUUGAAAGCUCAUGAAGAAGAGACAGCUCCUAGAGAGGAAGUGGAGGAUGAAAUACCUGAAUACCCGUUUUAUACCGAGGGUCCACGGGAGCUUAAAGAGGCUAGAAUGGAUAUUGCCAUGUUUUCUAUGAACAGGGCUGCUGUCAGGCUUCAGCGUGCAAAGAGGAGAAGGGAUGAUCCGGAUGAAGAUAUGGAUGUAGAGAUAAAAUGGGCUUUGAAGCAAGCUGAAGGCAUGGUCCUUGAUUGCAGCAACUUUGGGGAUGAUCGUCCUCUUUCUGGCUGCUCCUUCUCGAGAGAUGGAAAAAUACUUGCCACAUGUUCUUUGAGUGGAGUUGCUAAAUUGUGGGAGAUGCCUCAAGUCACGAACAAGGUUGCUGUUAUGAAGGACCACAAAGAGCGUGCAACAGAUGUCGUGUUCUCCCCUGUGGACGAUUGUCUGGCAACUGCUUCUGCUGACCGAACUGCAAAGUUGUGGAAAACCGACGGAACACUUCUCCAAAGCUUCGAUGGUCAUUUGGAUCGUCUUGCUCGUAUUGCCUUCCACCCAUCAGGGAAGUACCUUGGAACAACAAGCUUUGACAAAACAUGGAGAUUAUGGGAUAUAAACACAGGAAAAGAGCUGCUUCUGCAAGAAGGACACAGCCGGAGCGUGUACGGAAUUGCAUUUCACCAUGAUGGGUCAUUAGCUGCUUCUUCUGGGCUUGAUUCACUUGUACGGGUUUGGGAUCUCCGUACUGGAAGGAGCAUUCUUGCGUUUGAAGGUCAUAUCAAACCGGUUCUUGGGGUGAGCUUUUCACCAAAUGGGUAUCACUUAGCAUCUGGUGGUGAGGAUAAUCUUUGUCGGAUUUGGGAUCUAAGAAUGAGAAAGUCAUUAUACACUAUACCAGCUCACUCAAACCUUAUAUCUCAAGUGAAGUUUGAACCUCAAGAAGGAUACUUCCUGGUCACCGCCUCUUACGACAUGAAAGUAAAGAUAUGGUCGGGUCGAGAUUUCCAGCAUGUGAAAACAUUAUCAGGGCAUGAAGCAAAAGUAACUUGUCUGGAUAUUACAGCAGAUGGUAGUCAUAUUGCAACUGUGUCUCAUGAUCGCACCAUCAAGCUCUGGGCCAGCGGCGGCAGCGAAGAAGAAGAAGGAAGAAUGGACGUGGAUUAGUGAAUGUAGCGAUCGAAACUGGUUUCUGAAAUUAGAUCUCAGAGGAUGCCUUGCAAUAACACUUUGACCAUCUUUUUACAUAAUGAUUGAAAAUGAAGAUUUUUUUUCAUAACAUAAAUACUUAUGUUUAUAAAGAUUUGAAAUCUUGAAUA